UGAAUUGCUGUGCAGGUUUGCACGCACAUGAGACAGAGCCCACCCACGCCUGAAGCUAUAAAUGUGUAGUGCGUCCGAGCGCCCUCACACCGAACUCCCAGUCGCCAGUAGUUGGGGGUUUUGCGCGCCAAGGGACUCAGCCGUUCCGGUUUUAGCUAUGUCUGGGUUAACACUUAGCAACGUCUGCCAUGGGGCUUUACUGACUUAUCUGGUGUUUUUUUCGGUGCUUUCUCUCACUACCGCUGUGAGCUUCGAUUUGACAGAGCUAAGGAAUAAAGUUGCAAAGAUUAAAGUGAACCCGAGAGGCAAUCUUUGGGCUACAGGACACUUUAUGGGCAAGAAAAGUGUGAUGGACAAGCCUCUGCUGUCACCCGCCGAUGGGCAAGGUGUUGACGCGCUGCAGGUGGCACUGGGUCCGGAGCAGGACGACCUGGGGAACAUCUUCCAGGAGGUUCUGCGGGUCGCUCUACAAGCGCAGAUCGACACGCAAGAGACCCGCUCUAAAAAGCAGGAGUCAGAGUUGUUGAUGAAGAUUUUGGAGAGCUACGUCGACAGCAGCAAAAAGUGAGGCGUGGGGAAAGCACUGCUGAGUGCCGACUGCUACUACGCAAAUGGACAAUUAAUAAGCAUCGCGAUGUCACUGAUGUUCUCAUGCAUCCUCUUGAUUGUAACUCCCAGCUGCACAGUAAUAUACAAACGCUGUUUUUGGUUGAUUUGAUUUGGCCAGUGGAUAUUUGAUCUCAAAUGUAGCCUAUUACCUUACAAUAUGUGUUUGCAUAUGUGGAGUGUAUGCUUCAAAUAAAUAUCAUUAAUUUAUUUAAUUAUUAUGCUUUCAUUGUCAUUUCCUUUCCAUAAUUCAACGUUUUUAUGUUCAAUAUAUAAAGCCUAUGCAAAAUGAGGUGUAAAUAUUUUAAACUAUAGCCAACUAAUAUUUGUAUUAUUGAUAUGAACAUUCCAUAAUCGUCCUGCAUACGCUGUGAGAGCAUAGACUCCUGUAGCAAGUUAUAAAACAUUUGAAAAAAAUAUUGACUUAAAUGUGUCCAGAUGUAAAACAAACAAAUAAAAUCAAUUUAAG